UCAGGUGAAACCUGAGAAUAUUAUUCCGGAGGCUUGAAAUGAAUCUGCUGUUCACAAUAUCCAUAACAGUGGUGCUGAUUGAAAUUUCUUCACAAUCAGAAUGUAUUGUGUCGGAGUGGGGCACGUGGUCGAAAUGUCAUGGCGGGUGUCAGAAAGGUCUAAUUGUCAGAAACCGUGACGUCCUACAGCCACCUCUUCAAGAACUAACUUCGGAGGGUAGAAUGAUGCAAAGAUUGUGCCCACAUUUGUAUGAAACCAAAUAUUGUGAUCAAACUACGUGUGGGAUGGAAAACACGGUCAAUUACGGACAAUUUCCUGAGACUAAGAAAGUGAAGUUCAUGGAAGAAAAUAGGAAACUAGCACUAGAAACUGUGUCUACGAAAAAUUUGGUUGAACGGCAGAUGCAAAAAAUUGGAUUUGGGAAAAAUACUGAUGAUCAAACGCAAGCUGCCAUAAAAAAGAAAUUCAUCAGUGAAACUGAGCAGCUGUUCAAACUUGAUGAUGCCAUUAACCGCCGAUAUGGACCUCAACCAUCAGACAAUCUUGUGAACACUAAUAUUCCAUUAAUCGAUAUCUCAACACAACAGAUGACGAACAAACAAUGGAGAGAUGACAGAAUUGCCUCGGCCACUAAAUGGACUUCAAUUCCAACCUCUACACCUUCGUACAGAGAACAUCUUCAAGCGUUUGGUCGUGCUGGGGGUGUUCCACUUCUUCACAUAACUUCAACAACUUCUGAACCAUUCUCAUACCAUACACGCCUUCACGCUCUCAACAGCCGAAAGAUCCGUCCAUCCAAUGAUCACUCCGUCAGUAUUCUUCUCAGAAGAAUCGAACAAGCUUUGGACACAAACCAACCACUGGAUGAGAAAUAUAUUAAAAGUGCUCUCCGAACAAAUCGAAAACUUUCCAAAAUUUUGGUAGACGCUUAUAGACAAAGACAAAGUCUUAUGAACUCUGGAUAUCUAUCACCUUCAAACACUGCACCAACAGUCAUCAAACCAUAUCCUCCAAGUAGUACGGAAUCAUCUAUUGAUUUCACGACGGCAACAGAAAGUACUUCAACACCAACCUCCACAACAUCAGACAUUACUUCUACAACCACUGCACCAACUUCAGCUUCAACGUAUUCGACCGACUCCUGGGCCACUGCUCGACAAGAACUUGUGGAUUUCACUGCAACAACUCCAGAACCAUUUGACAGCAAAUCUACAACAACUAGACAACAGCUACUCUAUUGGCCAAAGACGGGAGGAUAUGUACCAAAUACUAGGAAACAUGCGUCGGAAAUCACGGCUCAAUUGUAUAUGACAAACGAAAUUGUACAAACCUUGGCUGAUGAUCCCCUUCCAGUGGAGACUAACCCUGAAUGUGAACAAAACAAACGAUGCUGUAAAAUUAUAAAAAACACUUGCUCCGACGGAAUUGACCCCAAAUUUGUAAAAAGAUGGUAUCGUCCGAGAGGAUCCUCCGUUUGCGUUCCUUACCACUAUCCACGAUGCUCGUCAAUGGAAGAAAUGGAAGAGCUACCUAUUCUUUUCGAGCAGAAUUGCCAAGAUUUGUGCUUUUCACAACAUGAAAAACGAAUUGCUCCAUUGUUCACAUUGGAGACAGAAGACGAGUGAUCCAAGACUAUUUUUGUUCAAAUUAUUUACCAAAUAUUAUUUACCACUAUUAAAUUUGAAUUAAUUAAUAACUUUUUGUUUUCAGAGUAAUAACAUUGUUUUAUUCCGAUUGCGUGUCAACGUAAAUUGUUCAUUAAUAUAUUUUAUACAUGACAAAUUAAGAAGUGUUUCGGUUGUAAACAUUAAGCUAAAAUAAAUCAUUUUUCAA